AUGCGGUCCCGGUCGGUCCCGCUCCUUCGAGCGCAAUGGUACAAUCCUCGUGCCCUCCAACCGAUGCCACACGGAGCGCGUAGCUUUUCCCACGCAGCGCAAACAAAUACACUACUCCGCGAAUUGCGUCGUCCCGUGUCAUUGUCCCAGCACCCCGAGCGUCUAUUACAGCAACAACAACGAUGCAUCACACAAAACUACCUGAAGCGCAUAGAAGAUGGGAAGAAGGAGUGGGCGAAGCACGCUGAGGAGAUCAAGGCGGGCAAGAGAAAGAACUUCGCUGCUCAUUUGGAAGAGCGAGGUCUACUGCAUGAUGUUGUCGGAGAGCGCGAACUGCUACACAAGGUGUUCACAGAAAAGCGGGCCGGAAUCUACGUCGGAAUCGACCCUACAGCACCCUCCAUGCAUGUCGGGCACAUGCUGCCCUUCAUGGUUUUGGCCUGGGGAUAUGUAUGGGGUCUUCCGGUUACAUUCUUGUUGGGUGGUGCGACAUCUCGAGUUGGCGAUCCUACCGGCCGAUUGAAGGGACGAGACCAGGUCCACACCUCAGUCCGAAAGGCGAACAUGGCGAGCAUGCACAUGCAGUUGAAGAAGUUGGGCACAAGCAUUGAGCAGUAUGGCAGGAGGCAUGGCUAUGAACGAAAAAUGAUUUGGAAACGGGCUUUGGUCAACAACAACACUUGGUGGAACUCCACGCCGUUUGUUGAAGUCUUGCGCGACCUUGGAGCAUAUAUGAGACUCGGACCUAUGCUUGGCCGGGAUACUGUCAAAACCCGACUGAAUCAAGGCGAUGGAAUGUCCUUUGCGGAGUUCUCCUACCCACUUCUACAGGGCUGGGAUUGGUGGCACCUGUUCCAAAAGGGAACCCAAGUGCAGGUGGGAGGCUCUGAUCAGUAUGGAAAUAUCCUUUUUGGAAUGGACGCGGUGAAAUCUAUCAGUCGCAACACCGCAAAUGAGCAAGCUCGAAACCCUCUGGACUCAGAAUUGGAUCGUCCCAUCGGUUUUACCACGCCGUUGUUGACAGCAGCGUCGGGUGAGAAAUUUGGAAAAUCCGCUGGCAAUGCGAUUUGGCUUGAUAAGGACAUGACCUCGACUUUCGAGCUGUAUCAGUUCUUUGUUCGCACCCCUGACGACACGGUAGAACGCUAUUUGAAGCUGUUUACUUUCAUUCCUUUGCCCGAGAUCGCCACGCUUAUGGAGGAGCAGAAUGCUGAUCCUUCCAAGAGGGUUGCUCAGCAUCGCCUUGCCUAUGAAUUUGUGGAGUUGAUCCACGGCAAGCAAGAGGCGGAUGCUGUGUCCCUUCAACACCGCCAACUAUUCCGCUCAAGGUCCUCGAAGGGCGAACCUUCACCUAUGCCUCGGACUCCCAAUACCCCUGCUGGCCACGCUCAAUCACCCAUAGCUGGGUACGCCACCCCGCAAUCUGGCAACGCCUAUGCUCCCCAGACCAACUUUGCCAACAUGCCCAGCGCCAAAGUGAUCCUGCCUAAGUCUCUGGUCUACAACCAGCCGUUCAACAAGAUUCUUUGGUCGGCCGGACUUGUCGCAUCCAAAGGUGAGGGCCACCGAGUGAUCCUCAACAAUGGUGCUGCUGUGGGCAGCCGUCCUGGAGAUAGCGGUCCUAUGUCUGAUGAUCUUGCUUUCACUCCUAUCCGGCCCUGGGCUGCGGAGAAGACACAAGAGUUUGUUCUUGACGGAAAACUUCUAAUGCUCAAGUUGGGCAAGUGGAAGUUCAAGAUGGUUGAGAUUGUUAGUGACGAGGAGUUCCGUGAAAAGGGACUUACUGCACCUGGAUGGCAACAGUCGCCUGAUCCCGUGCAAUAA